AUGAGUUCCAAAGUCCUUCAUGAAUUGCCAUUGGCACACAGUGAAGACUCCAGCGCCACGCUUCAGUUUCAUGGCGGAAUAGAUACUAGUUCUCGGCCCGAAAAAGCGUUUGCUACCGAAACUAGCACUCCACUCCGAAAAACCACUCUUUCACCAAACGCUAGCACACGAGUUGUUUUUGACGCAGACAUGUCGAACCUAGCAAGAGAGCUCAAGUAUCGCGAGUUUUUCAAGCGCAGUCCCAAAGGUCCCGCCAAAGGAUUCUCUAGGUUUUUCCUAUCCCAGGAAUUGAAUCCUGCAGACGUCGAGAUCGACGACUCUGUCGGUGGCGAGGACGGCUUUUCUGAACACGAUGGUGAGCGCUACUUCAGAGACAAGCCCAAGAAGCCAUGUGUCAGUUCUGGUCAUGUCAAGAACUCCACACACGAGCAUGCAAACUUCAUUCUCGCAUUUAGUAAAGACGGAAAAUAUAUGGCAUCUGGUGGAGACGAUGGAGUUCUACGGAUCUGGGAAGUCAUCACGUCGCCUCUUGACAGAGAGGCACCCGAUCUCCACCAUAGCAAGAGUUUUAGCAGCCGUAACCAAACGCUACUCAACGAUGAAUUCGACCACCUUUCAUUUGAUCGCACCUCUUUUAUGAAUGAAUCGAUUGCUUCCACAGAAAACACAGAAAACAUUCCCAAGGGAUCAAACACAGGAUGCCCAACCAAAAAACUGAAGAAAGACAAGCAUUCGAGCGUUCCGUUCGCUCCUUUAUUUAAGCAAUCUCCUAUCAAGGAAUUUAUUCACGACGAUACCAUUCUUAGUAUAGAUUGGUCUAAAAAUGGGUUUAUCAUUUCUUGCUCACAAGAUUCUACAAUAAAGCUUUGGCAUGUUGACAGAAAUGAUUGUCUGGCCACAUUCAAGCUGACCAACUUCGCUACCCAGGUCAUGUUCCACCAGCAGGAUGAUAGAUUUUUUGUCAGCUGUCAGUGGGACGGCACUGUCAAGCUAUGGUCGAUCUUGGAAAAGGAGGUCUUAUUGAAAGCAUCUGUUAAGAAAAGAAUCACGUGUAUGGCAUUUUCUCCAAAUUCUCAAGAACUAUUUUUGGGCGGAGAAGCUGGAGCAUUCCUGAUUUUGUCGCUGAAAGAUCUGGGAGUGAUAGCCAAGUUUGAAAUUAAAAAGAACAAUGUCACCCCUCGGGUGACAGGAAUUGACGUGUUCGAGUCAAAUGAUGAUAUCAAGCUUCUUGUAACGGCUAAUGACUCGCGUAUACGAUUAUUCAGCUACAAAGACGAGGUGUUGAACGUGCGGUACAAAGGACACGAUAACGAGCAUUCUACGAUCCGUGCAUCUGUCAACGAAGAUCAUUCGUUUAUCAUAUCCGGUUCUGAAGAUGGAUGGGCGUAUAUUUGGCCUUUGGAUCUCUUUGCAUUGAAAGCCCCAGAAAAUGCUAAAAAUACUCACAAGCUCACUUGGGGCAUUGCAUCGUUGUUCAAAGAUGAGAACUGUCGUCACAAGAACAAGAAUUACGGCGCGUUCCAUGUGCACCAUUCUCGGUGCAAUGUGGCCAUUUUUGCUCCGAGAGCCACGUCAAAGCUGCUGGAGUUGUCCAACGACCCGAUUUUCGAGCUGAAGGCUCGGAUGCAGAACACUCAGGUUCCAAAGAAGUACGAUGAUGACUUUGACGACCCUUCCACGGCUAUCAUGGUGACAACCGAUGAUGAUGGAAUCAUCAGAGUUUUCCGGAGAGAUUUUGCGUACGCGGAACGCAAAUACUACAGACAAACGAGCAAGAAGUUUGGCAGCAAGGCAGAUCGGAGAUCUUCGAAGGUUAGAGAUCGGUCGCGGUCAUCGAGCAUUAUGAACAAGUCAUCGUCGAUCCACCGGGGAAGUGCAAUAGCGUUGGGAGACGAGAACGAUCGAGGCAGAGAGGAAUUUAGCAGAGGAGAGAACCUGGCAACCAAGGCGGCUCUGGCCUCGUUUGGUAGCGACUCGCCGCUCUCCAAGACCUUGAACGACAGUCAAGGAGAUGUCAGCACGUCUGAUUCGAAGAUGCGACAACUGGAUGUGCGACUGCACGAUAUUUUGGAGUCUACGAGAAUCAGAAACGAGGACACCCCUAUUAUAUCUACUGCUGACGAGAACGUGAACUCGUUGCGUCAGGACAUCAAGUCGAGCAGCGAGGACGGGCUUGCACCGCGGAAAAUGAUCCCUACGAUUUCUGUGUCUGACCAGGACGAAUCGAGCAUUGUUGACUCUGUGAUAACUGGGGGGUCUGAGGAGACCAAGAUCCAGUGUGCUCGGUGCGGAUCGGACAAGUUUACAGCGCGGCCCGGCGGCGAAAAUCCCCAAAACCAGAUCCAAUUCUUCUGUGACGACUGCGGAAAGAAAAUUGAUCUUUAA